AUGCCUGAAGAGGAGAAUCUUGGCGGCAAGAGGAAGCCGCAGACCAAAGAGACCCCAGAGGAGAAGCCCAAAGAAUCCGGUGGUUUGCUGGAUGAAGAGGAUGAAUUUGAAGAGUUUGAGGAGCCAGACUGGGAGACACCAGCGCCUGGUACAUCCGAAGCAAAACAGUGGGAAGAAGACUGGGAUGAUGCUGGUUGGGAUGAUGAAGAUCAGGACGACUCCUUCCAGAAACGCUUGAAGGAGGAGCUGGAUAAGAUGGAUGUGAAGAAGUGA